AGAAAAGCGUAUGUAAGCACGCGUAUACGGCAGCCCUAACAAUAUUCGACUCGCCAACAGCAAUACAGCGCACUGCUCAAAUAUAGCGUCGUCAUCAAUAAGUAUCAGGUCCCUCUUGCGCAGGAACAAGACCAUAGGAUAGCCGAAAUGGCCGAGAGCGAACAAGUCGAUCCUCCACACACCUUCGAUAUGACAGACGAUAUACCGAACAAUGCUCACACUGAAUUGGCGCCUAUGGACCGUGGGAAACAGGCGAACCUCAUUCUACUCGGCUGCUCGCUUCUACAAUUGCCUGUCUGGGCAUUUCCCAUAUCAUACGGCGUGUUUCAGGAGAAUUAUACAUCGCACCCGUCAGGCUUGGAGGGUGACUUGAGUAGGACCGGCAUAAUUGGCACGACACUGAAUGGCACCAUCUACCUCUGCAUGCCAAUCCUAUUCGGUCUCUUCACCAACAAGUAUGCUCAUCUUCGGCGAAAAGCUGCGGCGGCCGGUAUCAUCCUGUCAGUCGCCAGUCUGAUCUUGUCCUCCUUCGCCACACAGGUGUGGCAGCUCAUCGUCACGCAAGGCGUUAUCCAGGCCCUAGGCAGCACUCUCCUCUUCAGCUCGAGCACCAUUUAUAUCGAUGAAUGGUUCAUACAACGCAAAGGUUUCGCCUAUGGAACGAUUCUCUCUGUCAAAUCUGCAAUAGGCGCAGGAACACCUCUGCUCUUUGGAUAUCUCUUAUCCAGCUUAGGCUUCAGGAAUACACUUCGGAUCUGGUCCGCGGUCACUUUCGCCACGUCUGUUCCUGCUCUGUUCCUGCUCCGACCACGGUUCCAGUUGAGCAGAGACAGUAGGAGGACAAGAUCGCUGUCCUGGAGAUUCCUGCGCCAUCCGACAUUCUAUGUCUUUCAAAUCGGUAACAUAGUCUUCAGUGCGAGCUAUGGCAUGCCCCAGACUUACCUCUCCUCUUUCACCACCAAUGUUUUCGACUUUUCCACCUCCAAAAGUGCUUUGAUGGUGGCCGCUUUGAACGCUCCCAGCAUCAUUGCCAGUUUCUGGUUUGGUCUGUUGAGCGACGGCAGGCCUCUCUGGCGAGGAGGUCAUCCAUUAUCGAUAUCGACUGUGUCGGUGCUGUCAGCCAUGGGAGCUUCUCUACCGGCGUUCCUGUUUUGGGGUCUGGCUCCAAAUCAAUCUGCAGCAGGGAUUGUGCUGAUAGCCUUGUUUGCUGCUACAUAUGGGUUCUUUGCUGGUGGAUACUCUGCAAUCUGGGGAGGUAUAGUGAAAGAGAUUCGCAGAGAGGCUGAUUCUCAUCAUGAGCCUGUUGACACCGCGCUGAUUUUUGGGCUGCUGAACGGAGGCCGAGGAAUGGGAUAUGUCGCAGGAGGAUUUGCUGGUGUACAACUCCUCAAGGAAGGUGCUCUCAAUACGAGCCAUUGGGCUUAUGGGACAAGGUUUGGAUGUCUGAUCUUGUUCACUGGUCUCGGGGCCGCACUUGGAGGAAGUAGUAUUCUUCUUCAGGCGAGGCGGUUCUGGAAGUGUUGCCAUCAGAACUCGGGGUAGACUGUGAGCGCAAUGUGGUGUGUUUCCCAGCAGCCAAACUUCUCAAUCUCUG